ACUUUGAUAAAUACAUUUUUAAGUAAAUGGAAAACAAAAAAAAUGGAGAUCUCCAAAUAUAGAGGAUGUAGCAUUGAGUUGGUCUAAGGGCGCCGCUGAAGCAAAGCAAAUCACUCGUCGGUAUCGGAAGUUAGAAGUCAAUCAGAGAGCGUUACAGUUUCGGAGUCUCGAAGGCUGGCUUGCCGGAGAAGGAGGUUCGUUUUCUCUCCCAUUGUUUACUUAUCUGAAUUCUUCGCUCUGGAAUUGGAAAUGCUUUAGUUCGUUUUGACUUUUAUCGAGGGUUCCAAUUAGCUUGAUUGUAUCUUGUGAGGGUUGGGUUGGCUGCUCCUUGAGUACUUUCCUUGGGGUUUUCCCCCCUUAGUGAUGUUUAGGAGGUCAAAUUUGACGGAGAUAAGAAACUGCGGUGCAGGUGAAAGGAACAAUGACGAGCGAGGAGGAUUCCAUCGAACAAGCUGCGGUAGUACGGCGUGAGAGACUGAUGACUCUUAAAGCUGCCAAGGAGCUUAUGAACACCCCGGAUGAGGGUUCAGAACUAGUUGAGGAUAAGACGGAUCAAGAGAUUGAAACAGCUAAUGGCGAGUGAGUAUAGCUUGGAUAGGUGCACCUUAAGUUAGCCAACUACUAGUGCAUGAGAAUAGUAUUCCCUUUCAUUCUGAGGAGUUGUUGCUGUCGUCGUUGUGAAUCCUAUCUGUAAAUUUGUAGGUUAAGUGAGUAUGGUGUGAAAUAGAUGAUUGGACAGGGCUGCAUCUUGAUUGUAAGUGUUAAACCAGAGUAGGUUAGUUUUGAAAGGAAUUGUGAAGCACAGUAGGAACUCUAGAAAGAUCUUAAGAAUGACUCUCAUUGCUGGUUUUAUUUGCUUAAAGUGCUGAGAAAUCACGAGGGCAUUUGAUAACGGCUUGGAAUUGGGAAAUCAGAUCAUUGUUUCAGGGGUGGAUGUGGCUCCAUUUUAUAAGAACUGUUGUUGUCACAUCUACCUUUCUGAGCAGUUGCUUCCUUUGUAGGUUUUAGAAUGGCCCAUUGCAAUUGUGGAUUUAGUUUCUUUGGUAGUUUCCAAGUAUGAAUUGUGAUUGAACUGUGUAUGUUUGUCUCGUUUCCUGUACGGGAAAACUAAGAAGUAUUUGUGCUAGUGGAUGGCACAUUUGCCUCUAUGAGUAAAUGGUUCGACUGUUGAGCUUAACCUAAGUUCCCAUGUCAAUUCUGAAGAGCUCUUAAUCGAGGAAACCUGCUAGUAUAUUUUCUGUGAGCUUCAUGCACUAGUUUAAUUAAAAUGUAUUUUGCACCUCAUUUUCUUCAUUGCAUCUCCAGUAAUCAAGGGUUGAGGUUUCACAACUAUGUACCUCAAGCCAAGGAGCUUCAAGAGGGAAGGAUUGCUCCACCAGUGCUACCAAAGUUUGAAGAUCCUGUUGCAGCAGCCCCUCCGCCACUGGAGGAGAAAGAGGUAUGUACUUGCUCGACUCAACUCGACUCGACUCAACUCAGACACAUUUUACUAGUAGAAGCCUCGUCUUCUUCUAGAAAUUUUUUCUGUUCUUUAUCAGUUCUAAUUUUGGUCCAUGUUCUUAUUUUGGUGCUUAGGAUCCAUUCCUCAACAUUGCUCCAAAGAAACCAAACUGGGACCUGCGGAGGGAUGUUCAGAAGAAGCUUGAUAAGCUUGACCGACGAACGCAGAAAGCAUUGUACAAACUCAUGGGUAAGUUAGAAAACCCUCGAGUUUGGAUAGUUUGCUAGUUUCUUAUUCCCAUGGUAGCGGGUAGGGGUGUACAUGGGUCGGGUGGUCCGGGUUUAUCUAUUUUAAUCAUCCAACCCAUGCACUACGGUUUGAGAAAUAUUAAAGCCAAACCCACCCAAAAAAUUUAAACCCUAAGGUUUGUUUCUAAUUGGAUUAGGUCGGAUUGGCAAUAUUUUUAAGUAAAAGCCCAACCCAACACAAAAUAUUAUUCCACACCAUAAAAAUAUUUUAUAACUAAUUAAAAUUUCAAACAAAUAAACCGAGGUGAAAGGUAUCAAAAUUCACAAAUGUUUUUUGAAUUUUAAUAAAAUGUGAUUUACUUCAACAUAUGUCUAUUUUUUUAUGAUAUUUGUUGAAAUAGGCUAAAAAGGUUGUAAACGAACACAUCCAUAAUAUGUAGGCUUGGCAAAUUGAACCGAAACCCGAAUAUCCGAUCCGAACCCGACCCGACAAAAUCAGGCAAAAUCCGUUGAUGAUGGGCUCCGGGCCGGACUCGGAUUAACCCGAGAAUAAGAGAAACGGGCUUCGGUCGGGCCUCGGACUCGAAACUAUCCGCCCCGACUCCGCCCCGUACAUAUAUAAACACCCUCUAAUCAGAAACCCUAGGUCUAGAAUACUCCCCUCAACUCUUCGUCUCCCAUUUUCUUCUCCGCCUCCAACCCUAGGCUAGAAUCUAGCAAUCCGAUUGCUCCCGCUGCAUCGAAUCCCUAACAUAUCGGUCGCAUAUCUCAAUCUCCCAUCGAUUAUCCGCUUUCCUUCCCGAUGAUGAUAAUCAUUUCCCUUUCGAUCAUGGCUUGGCGCAUGCAAAGAGAAUUUCUCGCAGUGACAGCGAAGUCGAAUAGUCGAUUCGGCUGGAGAUUGAAGUUGGAGUAUAAAUACGAGGUGGGGUUUAUUUUUUUGUUCAUACUUCUCUCAAGUCUCAAUCUCAGUACUCUGUUUCUCAGUUCUCAGACUGACUUCUCAUCCUUUUACUGCUUGUUUGGUUUGUGGCUACUGGCCUUGUGCAUGCGACUGUGCGAGAAUCAUCUUCACAUCCAUUCCCACCCGUUGUUUGUGCCUCACUCUGUUUGUUCAAGGUAAAUAUCCACUUUCUUUGUUUCAAUUUUGAUCAUUGGUGUUGGUUAAUGAUUGAGGGAGUCGCUUGAUAUCCUACUAAUCCUUGUUCCUCUGUUUUUUCGACAGGAACAAUGUCAACAGAGGGGGUUCAACCCACUCCACAAGAUAAUGACAAUAGUGCAAAUCCAGUUCUGUCUGCACCUACUGGAAAUGGGACUGUCACAAACCCAACUUCGCAGGCAGCAACUACAAAUGAGCAGAAUGGCAAUGCUGGGAAUGGUAAUGUUGUCGAGGAAAUACUCGACGUUGGUAAGCUUAAGAGUGUUGUUUGGUUACACUAUACCAAAGUUCGAAUUAAUGGAAUUGUCAAGGCUAAAUGCAAUUAUUGUAAGAAGCAAUUAGGUGGGGAAUCAAAUAAUGGCACUACCCACCUAAAGAAUCACACCAAAAUUUGUGUUCAGAAGAAAAUUAGGGAUGGUAGUCAAAAGAUUCUCGGCCCUCACUAUUUGGCUAAAGGAAAUCAAGACUUGGUUGCUACUUCUUUCAACUCUGAUUUUUCAAAAAGGGAGCUUGCAAUUGCUAUUACAAUGCAUGAAUAUCCUUUGUCAAUGGUUGAUCAUCUCUAUUUCAAGAGAUUUGUAUGCUCUCUUCAACCAUUGUUCACUGUUCCAUCGAGGAAUACUAUAAAGAAAGAGGUCUUUAAGAUCUAUGAUAUUGAAAGAGCUAAGAUUCAAAGUUUGUUUGAUAUCAACAGAGGUAGAAUUGCAAUAACUACUGAUUUGUGGACUGCCACCAAUCAAAAGAAGGGGUACAUGGCUGUUACAGCUCAUUAUAUUGACAAUUCGUGGGUGCUUAGGAGCCAUAUGCUUAGAUUUGCAUAUGUACCAGCACCUCAUACUGCUGAAAGGUUGGGAACAGUGUUGGUUAACUGUUUGCUCGACUGGAAUGUCGACAGUAAGGUAUCCACCAUUACCCUAGACAAUUGUAGCACUAAUGACUCUAUGAUUCGUGUCAUACAGUCAAAAUUAGUGUUACCUGACUUGAUAAGUGAUGGUGCUUUGAUACAUAUGAGGUGUGCUGCUCACAUCUUGAAUUUGAUUGUGAAAGAUGGUCUGGAUGUUGUUAAAGAGGGAAUUGAUAACAUUAGGAGCAGUGUUGUUUACUGGUCUGCUACCCCUAAAAGGCUAGAGUUCUUCCUUGAAACUGCAAAGCAGUUAAAAUUCACUUCUGAGAAACGACUUGUUAUGGAUUGCCCUACUCGGUGGAACUCCACCUUUAAAAUGCUAUCUGUUGCUAUUCCUUACAAGGAGGUUUUCACUAGACUGAAGCAACGUGAUGCUCAAUAUAAUUUCUUGCCAUCGAAUGAGCAGUGGCAAUUUGCUGCACUUGUUUGUGAGAAACUUAAAGUUUUUAGCUCUAUCUCUGAUUUGUUCUCUGGAUCGAAGUAUCCAACGACUAAUCUGUUCUUCCCUCGUAUUUGUGAGUUGAAACUCAAGAUUCAUGAGUGGUGUGUUGAUACCAAUGAAGUGAUUCAAAAGAUGGGUUAUUCUAUGCUGGAAAAAUUCAGCAAGUACUGGGACGAGAUUCACAAAGUCCUUGCUAUUGCUGUGAUUCUAGAUCCACGGUAUAAGUUGGAAAUUGUUGAGUACUAUGCUGAAAAAUUUGGUGUUGAAUUUGAUGGCUAUUGUUUGGAAUCUGUUAAGGACAUAUUAUCUGAUCUGGUAUUGGAGUACCAAAGUAAAAUGAAUGAGGAGAGGAAUCUGAAUGUUUCUGGGUAUGUUGGAGUUGAGUCCUCUGCUCCUAGCACCACUGAUUUGGACUUUGAUCGAUUUGUGAGCCAAAGAAAAAGGGCAAGAGUUACUUCUGUCCAUACUGAGUUGGAUAGUUACCUCAAUGAGGAAAUUCUCCCUCGUUCUGCUGAGUUUGAUAUUUUAAUGUGGUGGAAGCAUAAUGGUCCAAAAUAUCCCACUUUGCAAGCCAUAGCAAGGGAUGUUUUGGCUGUUCCUGUUACCUCUGUUGCAUCUGAGUGUGCAUUUAGCUCUGGAGGUCGUGUUUUAGACCCUCAUAGGAGCAGGUUGCACCAUGCUACUGUGGAAACACUUGUGUGCACAAGAAGUUGGUUGCAAGCUGAGUUGGCUGGAGAUGAUGCUGCUACUGGAGCAGGAGUAUUGGAAGGAUGUUUCUCCCCUACAAGUGAAGCCAAUCUGGUCCAGCUCCAACCUGAUGCUGAAACUACUGAAGAGCAAGCCCCUCGUUUCAAGCUUCUUGAAGAUUAAUCAAGAUUUGUGAACUGAUACUUAGCAGCAAGAUGUAAGUAAGAAUGCAGAAUGAUUGAGUUCAUGAUUUGUGAAUUUGGAUCCUUAAUAACGGUUGUUUUUCCUCGUUUUUCAGGUUUUGUUUGAGUUUUGUUGCCUUGGCUGCUGGGUGGAACCAAGGAAUGCAGAAUGCUGCAUUGUUGCUGCUGCUGGAAAGUGGAGUAUGGAGGCCUAAAGUGAAGUCUUUCUCAUGCUGUUGUGCUGCUGUUGCUAUCGAAGUUGUUCUCGAGGACGAGUAGUAGAGAUGUUUUGCACUUUUGCUAGUCAUUUAAACUUUUGUUUUGCUGAUACAAUGGUCUUGGUCAUUUUGGAUUUGAUGGUAUUUUAGGAUUGGAUGUUUUCUGUUGAAUGUUUUGUUCUUUUGCUACUUCUCCAGUGCAUUCUGGUUUCUGGAUUUGACGUUAUGAAGUUCAUGUUUCAGCUUCACAUAAGAAUUUGGUUGUUGUUUUUUAACUAAUGAACUAGUCGGAUAGGUUUCGGGUCCCCGACAAACCCGACACCCGAAAACGGGCGGGCUUGGUUGCUCUUUUACAACCGAUAACAGUGUUCGGCCGGGGAUUCCCCGAACCCGAAGUUUCGGCGGGCGGGUGAUGGAUCCAUAUACAUCCGACCCCGAUCCGCCCGAUUGCCAUCCCUAAUAAUAUGUUAUUGUAUUA